AUGUCUUCUCACCUCCCGAGCCGCCGUGUCCAAAUCCAAGAGGCCAGGUCCCGCCAUAUCUACUUGGAGAUCUGUAUCCCAAAGAUCGAGAACCAUAUUUUGCCAGACGAUGAAGAUUUCUGGGCCCUUGUCCCAACCGAUCCCUCUCAACCUCAGCUGUUCGAACGACGCAACAUCCUGGUGGCACAACGAAUCUUCUCGAUACAUAAGGCGAUCAGACUCCUACUGGUAAAAAUGUUUUGUCCGUCAGACAUUCAAGAUCUUGUGGUCGCCGAUCCAGCAGAAAAUAAUUGCUUGAUUCACUUGUACCUCGGUUCGAAGGCAGCCCCUCUUCAAUUCCAAAAGUUCGCACUACAAAACUUCGAGUUGACCUCUACUCGAAUGGACAUCAUCGGGCUUGGUGGCGUAGAAAAAACACACUACGCCGAGGCCAUCGCCGAGGGCCUCGCACUCAUUCAUUGGAGUACUGACUGGGAUGGCCGAGAUGUCGAAUUCGUCCUCGGAACUGAUCUCUUUCCCGUGGAGAUAAAGGAGUUCCUUAUUGAGGGCCAUGGUAAAAUUGUGAACACACGCGUGAAGGGACUCGACUUCUGCCAUCGAAAGAUUGGUGUGUGGAUGAUAGAUUUCAACCAGUGCCGGCUUAUUUCCAAGGAUGCGGCAGGAGCUUACCGGGCUGCAUUGGCACACUGGGACAAUGCCCCCUACUAUCCACGACCAGACUGGGCAGGAGAGGAAGACAAUAACAUAUGGAACGCCUUCGAGAAUGCCUACGUCAAUACUGCCGCUUUACUUGACCCCAACGGUCAGAAAUUGGGCGAGUUAAACAUUUCCGCAGUGAAAGUGGAAUGUAAGACGAGGUAUCCCGCAGGGGCCCCUAGUAGUGCACCUCCCAUGAAGGGUCCCGCUCUGAAGGGCAGUGGCAUGAACCAUAAUAAGGGACGACAUGGAAAGAAGGGAAAGUCCAAGUUUAUUGAUUUAGACUCUCUGAUGAAAUGA